GAGGGCGCGCUAACUCCUCUUGUUUUUGGCGUAAAACGCUAGACGGUUGACUUACUCAGCAACUCAGCCAACAGCCUGUGAAGUUCAUAUCCCAGAUGAGACGAUGCGAAUAAAAAAUCCAAACCAGACUUGGUAAUUCAUAUUUCACAAACGCUAAAAUUCUUCAGCCAGAGACAAAUAGAGUCUCUGAUGGCCUUUAACUCGUCAAAAAAUCCGGUACUGCCAGUAUCGGAUCUUCCGAGGGACGAAGAGAAAGAGAGACUUCUUAAAGCCGAUGAAAAACUCUUUCAUGGAUCUGCCAUGACCAAAAGAGGCGCCAAUGCUGCGCUAUCUUACAUGUCUUGUGCAGUGCUCCUGAUAUUAUUCAACAAGGCAGCUCUUUCUUCUUAUAGAUUCCCAUCUGCAAAUGUCAUAACCCUUCUUCAGAUGGUGUGUUCUUGUUUGUUUCUCUAUCUGUUGAAACGCUGGAAGAUUAUUAGUUUCUAUAUGGGUGAAUCUUUGCCAACUUCUGAUAGUAACUCAAACUUUAUAGCCUUUAAGACGUUGAUGCGCACCCUUCCUCUAGCAGCAACCUAUUUGUUUUACAUGGUAGUUACUGUUGAGUCUGUUCGUGGGGUAAAUGUUCCGAUGUACACCACUCUUCGCCGUACUACAGUGGCAUUUACUAUGAUUGUGGAAUAUAUUCUGGCUCGGCAGAGAUACACACCUCCUAUUGUUGGGAGUGUUGGGUUGAUAGUUCUUGGUGCAUUCAUCGCUGGAGCUCGGGAUUUGUCAUUUGACUUCUAUGGCUAUGCAGUUGUUUUCUUAGCAAACAUUGCCACAGCAAUAUAUCUUGCCACCAUAGCCCGUAUUGGGAAGUCCAGUGGCCUUAAUAGCUUUGGUCUUAUGUGGUGCAAUGGAGUCAUAUGCGGACCAUUUUUGUUUUUUUGGACACUUAUUCGUGGUGACUUGAAGAUGACAAUACAUUUUCCUUAUCUGUUUUCACCUGGUUUCUUGAUUGUGCUACUUCUCUCCUGUACACUGGCCUUCUUCCUGAAUUACAGUAUAUUCCUGAACACAACUCUAAAUUCAGCACUCACACAGACAAUUUGUGGUAAUCUGAAGGACCUUUUUACAGUUGGACUCGGCUGGAUACUUUUUGGUGGGCUCCCAUUUGAUAUUUUGAACGUUAUUGGGCAAUUUCUUGGUUUUCUUGGCUCUGGUUUGUAUGCCUACUAUAAACUUGUAGGGAAGUAAGUAAUUGUCCAUGUCAUGUGAAAAAAAAUAACCAUAUUGACAAUCAACAUUAACUGCGUAUAGUAGCCUCGCCACCAAAUGUGAUUGGCAGAUUUGUGGUUGCUAGAAGAAAUGCAAUUUCUGUAUAGGAGAUUCUUUCCUGAUGAGAAGUGCAUUACAAAUUUUUUGAGGGAAAUAAACUCUGGUAGCCCUUGGUGAUAUGUUUUUGAAGUCAAUGCCAUUGUAAACGAUGAUGCUCUAUUUUCCCAGUUUUUCUUUUGCCUACUUAAAGAUUAACAAGGGAAAUGCACAUAAUCUUGAAAAGGGUUAUUGUACAAAUCCUCAAAUAUUUCAGUUGUUUGGCCCGGUUUUGUUGUUUGAUUACAGUGAUUUUUUUGUUAGUGUUAAAACUUUUGCAUUAGUUUCAAAUUCCAGAGGGCUUUUGUCAGA